CAGGGUGGAGGAGACGGCGGCGGCGGGGAGGCACCGGCGCGGCCCGAAAGGGGGCGCCGCAGGUGGAGGCCGUGUACUUUGGCGUGGCGCUCUGGAGCUGGUGCGGCCUGCGGCGGCAGCGGAGCCUGGAGGCCGCGGUAGGAGAGGAUACGGCACUACGGGAAGGAUCGGAUCGGCGCGACCAUGGAGAUCGGCACCGAGAUCAGCCGCAAGAUCCGGGGUGCUAUAAAAGGAAAGUUGCAGGAGCUGGGGGCUUAUGUUGAUGAAGAGCUCCCUGAUUAUAUUAUGGUGAUGGUAGCGAAUAAGAAGAGUCAAGAGCAGAUGACAGAAGACCUUUCCCUUUUCCUUGGAAACAAUACUGUCAGGUUUACUGUUUGGCUCCAUGGUGUUUUGGAUAAGCUACGAUCUGUUACUACUGAACCAACUAGUGUAAAGUCCUCAGAAUCUAGUAUCUUUGAGAGCAACCUUCCUUCCAGCAAAAGCAGUUCAUAUGUGAGUGACGAGAGAAGGCGUGAGGAUACCUUGCCACCUCUUGCGGUUUCCAGCACUCGGACUGAAAGAAAUGAUUCAAGAGUUUCAACUAGCUCACAAGAGCAAAGGAACACUGCUUCUCGGCAGUCUUGUGAAGAUGGUUCAGCAUCACGCUUAACAUCUACAGUCAAGCCUUUGAGGGAAUUGUCACCUUCUGAAGCUGUAAUCGACAUUAAACCUGAACCAGAUGAUCUAAUUGAUGAAGACCUAAACUUCGUGCAGGAGAAUCCUUUGUCACGGAAGAAACCCAUUGAAGAAGGCUCCAGGAAGAGGCGGUUGCCUGUUGUGAGCUCUGUAGUCAAAGUGAAAAAGUUCUGUAAUGACGGGGAAGAUGAGGAGGAUGAGGAGGACUAUGGAUCACGAACAGGAAGCAUCUCCAGCAGCGUGUCUGUACCUGCAAAGCCAGAAAGAAGACCUUCAUUGCCACCUUCAAAACAAGCCAAUAAGAAUUUAAUACUGAAAGCAAUCUCUGAAGCACAGGAAUCAGUUACAAAAACAACUAAUUAUUCCACUGUUCCACAGAAACAGACUGUUCCAGUUGCACCAAGAACUCGAAUUAGCCCAGAAGGAUCUCAGUUAGAAUUAAUCCAUGUGCAAAGCAGACUGCCUGCUCUGAGUUCCCAGCUUCAAGCAGAAGAGCCAAAGGAGCGGAUACCUGAAGGAAUUCAAGGAGCUGAACAAAAGGAGCUCUCGUCUCGGCUCCAGAUUGAUCCAACGAUUGAAGAUACUUUGCAAGUGGCUCAAGAUUACUACGAUAUAGAAUCUAUGGUUCAUGCAGAUACUCGGUCAUUUAUCCUGAAAAAGCCCAAAUUAUCUGAGGAAAUAUUGGCACAGAAUCAGCAGUUGGGAAGGAAGGCCACAGAGGCGAUGCGAGUACUCUCGGGACGUCUAAUACAGACAAGAGACCAGCUUGCACAGCCAGAGAAACCUGCUAGUCCGAAGUUCAUCGUGACACUGGAUGGCGUGCCCAGUCCACCAGGAUACCUUUCUGAUCAGGAGGAGGAAGAUAUGUGUAUAACUGAAGGAUUAAAGCCAGUUUACAAAAGUAUGUGUGCCGGCAAGGGAUUAAAAGGCCUUCGAGCACAGCAGAUGCAAAUUGUAACCAGGCAGCUGGAGAGCUGUGAUGUGGAUAUUGAAGAGUUAAACAUGCUGCAAAAACAGGAGAAGGUGCUUGAGCGCUGCAAAUACUGGCCUGCUUGCAAAAAUGGAGAUGAAUGUGUGUUCCAUCACCCCACGCUGCCAUGCAGAGUUUUUCCUAACUGCAGAUUUGCUGAUAAAUGCUUGUUCAUCCAUCCAAACUGUAAAUACGAUGCGAAGUGCACUAAGCCAGACUGUCCUUACACUCAUGCUAGUCGGCGACUCCCCCAUACACCUCCUAAGCCAGCACCACUACCCACACCAUCCAUAUCCUCCAGUAGCCCUCUGUGCAAGUUUUUUCCUGCUUGUAAGAAAAUGGAAUGUCCGUUUUACCACCCAAAACAUUGCAGAUUUAAUACCCAGUGUACUAGACCGGACUGCACCUUCUACCAUCCAACCAUUGCUGUUCCUCCUCGCCAUGCCUUGAAAUGGACUCGAGCUCAAACCAGUGAAUGAUUCUGACGAACUUGGGACUGGACUUGGCCUCCUUGGACAGCAGCAGAGAGGAAGGGGAUAUAGGGACACUGUAACCACCAGAGACAUAGGAUGCUGAAAAAAAUCCAUAAGUUUUAAACUUUUAAUAUAUAUUGUUUUCAUAAAACGAGGUUGAUGAUUGCAUACUUGAAAUGUCUCUACUUUUCCAAGUUUGUAAGUUUGAGCAAUUUUACAUUUUUUUUACACUGUAAGAAGAAAAUGUGUAAGAAAAGUUUUACUUUAAAUUCCAUUAAAAACUUUCAAAGGAC